AUGUUACUAUUACACAUUUUCUUCAUUUUUUUACUUUUUACUCCAGCAACUGGUGAACUAACCAUCGGUGAUACAUCUUCACCGAAUGAAGCAUUGCAAUGGGCAGAAGUCGUAGCUACACGACUUGUAUCUUGCUAUUACAAUGCAUCAUCAGGUAUAUGGUGGAAUGAAUUAGCUUGGCAAUCGGGUAAUACUCUCGAAUCAUUAGCUAAUUUUUUACGUAUUCGUAACUCAUCUUUGAAAUACGUUUUCAAUCAAACAUAUACAAAAACAGCUUGGGAUGUGGGAGGCGAAUGUUUUGAUGACUAUCAACAUUGGUUACUAGGUUGGAUUCAAGCAUAUUCUGUAGAUCCAAAUAUAAACUAUUUAUAUCGUGCAGCAGAUAUCUAUGAUAUAAUUGUAACCAGAGCAUGGAACGCUACAAAAUGUCGAGGAGGUAUCGACUGGUGUCCAAAAAAUUCAUAUAAAAAUGCCAUCACCAAUGAGCUUUUCUUGACAAGUAGUAUGCGCCUACAUCCUUAUGCAUCACUACUUCGCAAGCCCCCCUCCUACUAUCUCGACUGGGCUCUCAAAGAAUGGCACUGGUUCGAACAGACCACUAUGAUCAACAACAACUAUCUCAUCAACGACGGACUAAACGACGACACUUGUCUCAACAAUAAUCAAACUACAUGGACAUACAAUCAGGGUGUCAUCUUAUCUGGACUAGCUAUGCUAGCCAAUGCGACAAACAACGCAACGCUGCUCACCAUUGCACAGAACAUUGCCGAUGCAACUAUUCACUAUCUCACCUAUCCACCCAGUCAACAAAUACUCAGAGAACCAUGUGAGCCCAACUGUGANCUCAACAAUAAUCAAACUACAUGGACAUACAAUCAGGGUGUCAUCUUAUCUGGACUAGCUAUGCUAGCCAAUGCGACAAACAACGCAACGCUGCUCACCAUUGCACAGAACAUUGCCGAUGCAACUAUUCAGUAUCUCACCUAUCCACCCAGUCAACAAAUACUGAGAGAACCAUGUGAGCCCAACUGUGAUAAUGAUCAGAAGCUGUUCAAGGGCAUCUUUAUUCGUCAUCUCAGUUAUCUGUUGGCUUACGUCAAAGAUCCACUACGUGCUCAGAAAUAUCGUUCGUUCAUCCAACAGAACGCGAUUUCACUUUGGACGACAGGUCGAUGUGAAAGCGAUGGACUAUUUGGACUGGUGUGGAAUGCGACGAUGUCAGCGACCACCUGUGAUCCAUCGCGAGAUGCAGCCACGACUUCAGCUGCACUGGAUUUGUUUGUUGCUGCUGCAGGAACCGGCAAUGGACCGGCGAGAACGGCGAAGUGGAUGCUACUCGGCAUGGGCAACUGCAUGGAUGGUCGCAAUGAAAGUAUGGCAAACAUCUAUCGGAGUGGAGUGAGCGAAAGUGUGUGUCGUGAGACAAGUGAGAGUGAUGUGGGUGCAGUUGCAUAUGAUUAUGAGCUGAAGUGUGAUGGAAGCAGAUUCUGUCGAAUUCGAACACUGUCCGAUCGGCAUGCUACACCAGAAGGGUGGACGUAUGAAGAUGGAAAUGCGUUGACAGUGACGAAUACGAAUGGAAUGGCACUCGUGAACUGCUAUCUGAGAACUGACUGA